GUGUGUCGUUAUUGUGUGUCACGUUUUACAAUUAAAACGUAACUAUUAAUCACGUUUUAUAGUCAAAUCAAUCAGAAAGAUUCCCAAUUUGCAGGAUUCUCGGCAAGAUUUGCGCAUGCCUAGUUUGAGUAGAAACGUAACUGUCAGUUACGUUUUAUGCUAAAAUCGUAACUCCUAGUUACGGCUUUAACAUCAGUCAAUGUCAGAUUACAUAAAAGGAUUGUUCGUAUUUGGAUUCUCUAAAGUCGUUACUGACAGUAACGUAUUAGGAAUAAUACGUUACUAACAGUCACGAAUUAGCUUUUAACACCGUUAACCCGACCUAAUUUUUUCCGUUAGAAUUUUUGAAUAAAAUAAUGCCUAAUACGUUACUCAGGAAUACGUUUAUGCUAGUUCCGUAAAAAAAAAUAAAAAACGUAUUACUUUGGUAAAUUGAUUUAAAAAAUAGCUUAUUUUGGUCAAAGGCUCUCCAUAGUUUGAGGAGGUUUCACUAAAUAAGGACAAACAAUAUUCUAAAGGAACAAUGGCUACUAGAGACGAAGGUAGGAGCAUCGGCAAUGAAAAAUCUGAUGAUGAAUGCCGCAUCACAGUUCCUCAAGAUUCAAACUCAAAUUCUCAUGAAAUUAGCGGAAAGGAGGGGGACUGGCUAUAUUCCUUGGCGAAGAGCAGAGAGUACAUUGUCUCAUCACAGAAGCCAAAAAUGCAAAAGGUCCCAAAACUGCAUCGCAAGGUUCAAUCAAACAUAAGCUGUUAUAAGCCCCUCGUGGUUUCUAUCGGUCCAUUUCACCACAGGAAAUUCAGACUUCAACCAAUGGAGAACUACAAGAAGCUACUUGCAGUUGAGUUUGCUGAUCAAGAUAGUAACAAACCAACAACUGAAGGGGCCUCACCAUGGCUUUCGACAAACUCAGUGUCCAUUGACGAGCUUUACAGAAGGGUCAAGAACAUUAUGCCUAAUGUUAGGAAGUGUUAUGCUGAGGACAGGAUCAAAAAAUACAGCUACGAGGAGUUUGCACAGAUGAUGUUCCUGGAUGGAUGCUUCAUCCUCCAAUACCUUCGGUGCAUUGUCACUGGCAAUGAUAAAGAGCUCAAAAUGAAGAGCCACGAAAUAGCUUUCAUUCGUCGUGAUCUUUUCUUACUUGAAAAUCAGUUGCCAUUUGAAGUCUUGCAGGUGUUAAUGAGCUGUAAGUUCAAGAAUAAUGAAGGAAUGAAGAUGAUUGACACGUUCAUCUCGAGUGCACAUAACAAGCGUCCUCAAGCUCAAGGUUGCAGGUUCAUUCAAAGUAUCAAAGAUUUCGUUCUUUAUUUCUUUCCUACUCAGAAAUUUGUGAACUGUCUUGGCAAGAUUUGUCAAGGAGAAGGGCCUUCCCGUCCCCCCCAAAAAAAGGAGAAACCUCCGCUUCAUCUCCUCGAGCUAUUAAGAACAUAUCGCAUACUCCCAGAGACUACAUAUCACAUAGACCCGGAGACUUUCUCAAAAGGUGGAUGCUAUCUAACGGGUGAGUUAUGCUCGUAUCGUUCAGCCAAAGAGCUGAGGAAAGCAGGAAUCCAUUUGAGGCCGGGAAAGAGUCGUCAUCUUUCAGACGUUAAGUUCUAUUCAUCAUUUCAUUGCUCAUCUCUUUUAACACUUCCUCCAAUAACUGUAGAUGAUUCAACCAAGUCGGAGUUUUUAAACUUGGUUGCAUAUGAGGCAUGCCCUGAUACACCAGAUGACUUUGUCGUUACAUCUUAUCUUUGCUUCAUGGAUUCCCUUAUUGAUCAUCCAGAAGAUGUGAAGGAGCUGCGAAAGAGACGUAUACUACGUAACUUUGUCGGAAGUGAUCAAGAAGUAGCAGAUCUCUUCAAUGAGAUAGCAAGAGAUUUGGUUCCUAAUCCACGUGCCUAUGUUGAUGUGAAAGAACAAAUUGAGAAACAUUGCAAUAACAGAGGAAAAGUAUGGAUUGGUGAGUGGAAGAGCACUCAUUUUACUAACCCCUGGACUAUUAUUGCAUUUAUUGCAGCAAUUUGUGUCAUUGGUUUGCAAGUCAGUGAUACAUAUCUAGCAAGCAUCCAAGCCUAUUAUGCAGUCCCUCACAAAUAGAGCUAGUAAUGGUAGGUGUCAAAACCAACCAGUUUUUUUUUUUUUUUUUUUGUGUGUGUGUGUGUGUUUUCUGCAGGAACUCAUGAGUGUCAUGUUUGUUAAAUUCAUCAUUUCUUUUACCUUUAGUGCUAUAAUGACGAUUGAUAUUUGUACUCUUGUUUGUGUAUACGAACUAGUAGUUUGUUUUGUUCGUAAUGAUUUAUUUGUGUAAACUUAUUAUUUUGAAGCACGUGAAUGGUAUUGGAUCACAUGAAUAGUAUUGUUUUUUUAUGUUUUACUGAGACCUUUAUAUGAAUAUACAA